CAGUGAGGUCUGGCCCGCCCUAUUAUUAGACCCGGCGAGAAGGCAUCAGCAGAAUGGAUUCUGGCUUUGUUAGAACGUUAAUAGCGCUGGUCAUUUUCAUCAUCCAAGGGUUUUAUUCCAUCACCGGUCUCACGCUAUGUGACAAUACUAAAAAGACCCACAGUCUCAGCCAGAGUAACUUUCCACGGAGUGACAUUUGUAAUGAUCGACCGAGCUGUGUGGACGGGAAGAGAUGUUCAUUUGCCAAACUCUCGUGUCGGCCUGGCUACUCCAUAUACGACCCAGAGGUUCAGGGCCUACACUCAUCAGAGAUUGGCACGUGCACUGGACAAACAAUACACCUGCUGAUCGAUACAACCGAGUGUUACUGGACAAACGCGUGCACGGUUAAAUUCCCUGAAGUGCCUAUAAUCGUAAAACACCUGGACGGGGAUGAGGACUGUCGCGGGAAAUGUAUACACGCCGUGCAUGUAAGAAAAUGGCAAUGCAUUAAGGACACAGUGAUUCAUCAGAUGUGUGACGAUUCCACAAGUUUCAUCCUCGGCCAGACUGUGGACGGGCGCCAGGGCGUGGUUCGGAGUCACGAAGAUUGGCCUUUUCAGUAUAACAAUCAUGUUGUCCCCGGGGGUGUUACGGAAUGCAAUAAAACGUUCCAUCCCCACCUCUCGGGGGUAAGCGAUGGUUUCACCAGAUUAGCACUGUCUGUCGUCUUCUUGGAUAUCCGACCGCAGUACGAGACUCUCCGCGCUGUGUCCGACAGCAAAGUAGUGGUGUUUAAAAACACGGACAAAUCCGCUGUGCAUGUUUUUCCAGAGGGCAAAAAAGUGGUCCUGAGUCUGAGGAAGGUCGGGGGUAUAUACAAAAAAGAACGGCAACUAGGUAGAUCAGGAUUCGUGAUCUGCUUCAGAUUUUUGAAGAAGGGAGAAUCCCCGCGAGGUGAUGACGUAUGCGGUGAUGUGUUCAAGCCCAACCGGAAGGACGCCAAAUGUGUUAACUGUAAAUACAGGAAGCGGGGUAAGAAAAUCCGGGAAUACUGUGGGGGCGACAUACCGGGGGUACGGGUAUACAACGUCACUCUGGCCAACUCUAAGGCUAAGAAGCAAAUUAAGGACGGCUGCAGUCCCUGGACCAUGGUGGACAAACCGUGUAAGAAGAGAAAGAAACCAUUGGACAAAAGAAGACCCAAAGUAAGGAGACGUACCCGCAAAAAGAAAAAGAAUCGGGGCCAAGGGAAGAAGCGGGGAGGGUCAAGGGGCUGAGUGUAAGGGGACUAUGUGGGGAUGGGUAAGGGUAUGCUUAAAGGACACAUGGAUUGUUAAAGGACGGACAGAUGAGGAGAUGGUAGUAUGUGCUGAGUGGGGACAAAUGAGGGACUGAGUAAGAAACAUUGAGGGAAGGGUAAAAGGUUGAAAAGUGAAGGACGAAGAACGGACAUGGAGAUGGGAAACAGGAAAGAUGAGUGAUAACUGAAGGGAAAGGAAUGACAGACGAAAUGUGGAAAGAUACAAGGAGUGGUUUAUGAUUAAAAGGCUUUGUGAUAAACGAGUGGCUUAUUAGAAGAUGGAGAGGGAGCUUAGAACAGGACGAAAUGAAUUCUAUAAUAAGUUGGCAUUAUAGUUGCAAAGUCCCCACAUCACCAUAAAGGUUAGCCAACACUAUAUAAUCUUUUGAAUUGUAUAUACGUCAUCAUUAAAAUAUUAAAUGAACAAAGAA